AUGGUCUUCAACUUCCCCGCCGACUUUGCCUCUAGCGACCCAAACUUCACCACUCUCUUCCGGCUCCUCGAUGACUUCGACACCUACAGCCGCGAGGUCUCCGGCUCUCAAGACGCGGACUCCUCGCACCCGCGUCAAUACCCUUCUCGCAUCCAGCACGGCUCAGCUGGCGGCGGCGGCCGUUGGGGUCGUAACCGUCGUGGUGUGAACCCGCGCUUUGACAUCCGCGAGACCAAGGAUGCCUACGAGCUGUACGGCGAGCUGCCCGGAGCUGAGAGGGAGGAUGUCCAUAUCGAGCUGACGGAGCCAAAUACGCUUCUGAUCUAUGGCCGAGUCGACCGAGACUACGCACCUGUUCCUGGUGGAGAAGAGGAAGGCACCGCAAAGGGGGAGGAAAAGAAGGAGGAAGGUGGUGAGAAGGGAGGGAAAAAGGCAGAGGGUGAAGGAAGCACUGAGACAGAAGGGAAUAAGAAGACGGGAGGAAAGAAGAAAGAGGACUCGUCGGUUCGUUUCUUCUUGCGGGAGCGUCAUACCGGCGAGUUUGCGCGCGAGUUUGCUUUCCCUGGCACAUUGCAGGAGUUUGAUAUCCAGGCGACGCUCGAGAAGGGUAUUCUGAAAGUCGUGGCCCCAAAGCAGCAGCCGGUAAAGGGAAGGAAGAUUGAGAUCAAGUGA